GCUACCUAGUGCACUACAUAUCCAAUCAGUAGUGUAAUGGGAUUCGGUAUGUUUCCAAACACGGAAGUAGUGUUUAUGUUAGCGGGAACGAUGGAAAAGUAGUUACUACCGUUAACACGUUAAAGAAGAUCUACUUUUUUGUAAUUAUUGACCGAAAAUGUUUGGCAGGUCUUCAGGUUUUAACUAUGAGAUUCUGCCACAGAGAGAUGACGGAAAUAGAAAUACUCCAGGCCUGUUUACAUCCGGUCAGUCUCAGUAUAGCAGCGGCUUCUCCUUUGACUACGUCCCUAAAAUCCAAAACAACGAUUUUACAGAUGAAAGUCAAGGAAUAAUAUCACGACUAUGCAACUUGGUUGUUAUAUUCCUAGUUUUUCUUUGUGUGCUCAUCACAUUUCCCAUAUCUGCAUGGUUUGUUCUAAAAACAGUGCCCAACUAUGAGAGAAUUGUUGUAUUCCGCCUGGGUCGCAUCCGGCCUCCUAAGGGUCCAGGAGUGGUUUUAGUGCUUCCGCUCAUUGACCAGUGGCAAAGGGUGGACCUAAGGACCAGGGCUUUCAACAUCCCACCAUGCAAGGUGACCACGAAAGACGGUGGCCUGGUCUCUGUCGGAGCGGAUAUCCAGUUCCGGAUCUGGAAUCCAGUCAUGUCUGUGGUGGCGGUGCAGGAUUUAAAUGCUUCCACACGUCUUACUGCACAGAACGCUAUGACUCAGACCCUGGGCAAGAGGACUGUGAGAGAGAUACAGACAGAGAAAGUCAAACUGGGCGAGUACCUUGGGAUGGACGUAAAUGAUCUGACAAAGCCUUGGGGUUUGGAGGUGGACCGGGUCGAGCUGACCCUGGAAAGUGUGCUCCGUGCCCCAGAUGAGUCUCACUCAGGGCCGCUCAUCAUGCCUCCCUCUGUCCCUGGCCUAGAGGGUCUCACUGAGCCAAUACAGCAGCUCGCCAUGCACUUUCUGGGGCAAAGUGCAGCAGCAUCUCCACCUGCUAAAGAUACAGUGCUCUUCACUGAUGAGUUGAGCACAGAGGCUCCAGUAACUGAAAGCAGCAGUGUGGUAGAGGAGCUCCUAGCAGCAGUGAGACUGGUGCUGUCUGAGAGCUUGGUUAGGCAAGUGGGAGCCUGUUUCCAGUUUCACAUCAGUACCAGCACUGGCCAAACCAGAAGGUACUAUGUGGAUCUAACUCAAAAUAGUGGAACAUGUGGUGUAGGUGAGGCGACGCAGCCAGAUGUGUCUCUGAGUAUGAGUGAGCAGGAUAUGAUGGCCAUGUUCCAGGGCAGGCUGCGGCCAAUCACAGCAUACAGCAGUGGAAGAUUGAGAGUUCAGGGAGACUUGAACACUGCCAUGAAACUAGACGCACUUGUUAAACUCAUCAAACCUCUAUGAUGUCUAGUUACACAUGAAUUUAAAAGGUAUAUUUUGUGCCUUCACAACCCACAAACUUGUGUUACCAUUUCAAAUGUAAACAGAACUGUUUAUAUCAUUUGGUGUUGUGACCUAAUCAUUUAUCAUAGCUAAAUGAUAUAAUAAUAAAUAUAAUAGGGUUGCUGUAAAAAUAGUAUAAAAAUUGGGCAUCUGGAUUAAUAAUUAGGACAGACCUUAAUACAAGCAUUCUUUCAAGUAAAUCUCAAAAAAAUUGGAAAAAAAAUCUCUGUAUCUGUGAACCUAAAAUGCACUGUUUGAAAGUACUACUGUGUGUAUAUUUGUAAUUAAAUGUUUAUUUAAAUUUCAUGUUUUAGGUUUUUAAUUAUUUUUAUAUCAGUUUGUCGUAUAUAUGUUUUGGGUGCAUGAUCACUUUUCAUAUAUGUUAAUAUAUGUUCUUUACAAUAAAAAUGAUGAAGUUCGAGA